GCGGAAAUCGAUCUCAGGAAACUGAAAGACGAAUACAGGCUCGGCCAUGUUGGAGCAGAUUCAGAUGACAGAUCGCUACAAGCUGUGGAUUGACGAAGUGUCGGCCAUGUUUGGAGGCUUAGACAUGUGCGCCCUUGAAAUGAUAACAGGUAGAGACGGUCGAGAGCACAUAAUCGAGGUUAACGACAGUGCGCUCUCUCUCAUGGGAGCCUCUCAGGAGGAAGACCGCAGGCCAGAUCGCUGAGCUAGUGGCACAGAGGAUGCAGCAAGUCUGCAGACCAGCCGGCCCAAUGGUUGGCGUAGGGGGUGGCCCUACCAAAGCCCCCCCUCGAGGCUCAGUGUCCAGCAUGGGAGGGGCCGGUACCCUGGACGACCAGGGGGGCACCGACCUGGGGGGGCUGGAAGGAGCCCCCAGUAGCUCCCCUAUGCCACCCCUGAGCACCAGCCCCCAGCCGAGGCGCGAUAGCCAAGGUAAAGGCUCCCCCAAGAGGAUGAUCAAAGCUGUAUCUAGUGCCUCACCCAGCAGUAGACGAUACAGUUUGCAGCCGCAGAAGAAUGUGGUUGGAUACUAGGCUCAAAUACAGGCUAAAAUACACUAAAAAACAGGAUAAAUACAGGCUAAAAUACACUCGAAAACAGAUAAAGUACAGGCUUAAAUACACUCAAAAACAGGAUAAAUACAGGCUGAAAUACACUCAAAAACAGAUAAAGUACAGGCUAAAAUACACUCAAAAACAGGAUAAAUACAGGCUAAAAUACACUCGAAAACAGAUAAAGUACAGGCUUAAAUACACUCAAAAACAGGAUAAAUACAGGCUGAAAUACACUCGAAAACAGAUAAAGUACAGGCUAAAAUACACUCAAAAACAGGAUAAAUACAGGCUAAAAUACACUUGAAAACAGAUAAAGUACAGGCUUAAAUACACUCAAAAACAGGAUAAAUACAGGCUGAAAUACACUCAAAAACAGUAUAAAUACAGGCUAAAAUAGACUUGAAAAAAGGCAAUAUAAGUUACAGGCUAAAAUACACUCAAAAACAGGAUAAAUUAGACUUGAAAAAAGGCAAUAUAAAGUUACAGGCUGAAAUACACUCAAAAACAGGAUAAAUUAGACUUGGAAACCGGCAAUAUAAGUUACAAGCUAAAAUACACUCAAAACAGGAUAAAUAGGCUAAAAUAGACUUGAA